AAGACAAGACAACUAGCGUUUGGAAGUCAGAAGCAUUUGAAACGUAUUUUUCGAAAAACAAAAAUUGUUGUUGAAUUGAAAAACUCAACAACAAGAAUGAGCAUGGAGGAAGGGUCUGAAACAUUGCUGGUAAAAAUGUGGGAUAUACUCCAGGGUACAUCCAGGAGAGAAGAUUCUCUCCUCUACAGGUCCAGAGAGAAGCAUUCAUACUCUGACAGACCCAAUCGGCACAAUUCACCCGGACCUUCAGCUGUAACUGCACCUCCCACUGUAGAAGUGGCAGGAACUGCUGCCUCUUUAACUGACGGCAACGCAAACACCAAUCUUUCACCAGCUGUCUGUGGAGCUGGUAAAGCUGACACCCCAACUGAUGAAGCCGCAGCCUACGUGACUCCAAGCGACGGGGUACUCCAAAGCGAGACCACCAGCUACAAUAUAAUGGGCUUUAUAGGAGAGGGAGGCUUCGGCAAAGUCGCCAAAUGUGUGGACUUGACCACGGGCGAGGUGGUGGCGAUAAAAAUCCACAAAGAGAAUGGCGAUGAAGAAAUCAUCCAAAGGGAGUUAGCGAUAUUAGAGAAGGUUAGGGUCCUUGACCCUGACCAACACAACAUUGUCAAAUUCAUUGAGAAUUUCCAGUUUGGUGAACUCCCUUGUCUGGCAUUUGAAAUGCUGGACAUGAGUCUUACGGACCUGAUCAAGGAGAGAGAGAGUGCAGAAUUCAGUCUCAACGAAAUUCGCCCCGUGACCCAACAGCUACUGGUGGCCUUUGAGGCCCUGAAGAAUAUUGGCGUCAUUCACAUGGACUUGAAGCCCGAGAACAUAAUGUUCGUCAAUCACAAGGAUCAGCCGUUCAAAAUCAAGCUGAUCGAUUUUGGCCUGGCCCUUUCGGUGGGCCACGUGGAGGAUGACGACGCCACCGGGACUUUUGCCUACGGGGCUCCAGAAGUAUUCUUGGGCCUCCCCUUGACAGAAGCCGUUGAUAUGUGGGCAGUAGGCUGCGUCAUGGCGUUCAUGUACUUCGGCAUGGACGUCUUCCCUUUUGACUGUCCGUAUGAUUGGAUGAACACUCUAGUGCACUUGCUGGGCUAUCCACAUAGUAGCCAGAUAAAUGCUGGUAUGCACAGCUUGAUAUUUUUCAUUUUGGACGAGAAAGAAAAUUGGAGACUAAGGACACCAGACGAGUUCGAGGAGGAAACCGGUAUCAUGCCAACAGUCUCCGAGAGUUUUUUUAACAUGUUCUGUAAUUUGGAGGAUGCGGUCAAACGAUUCCCAGAGAAAAAGGAUAAUCUUGAGUUCGAAGACAGAAUGGCAUUUUUAGACCUCCUCAAGGGUUGCCUGCAUCUCAGUGCUGAACAGAGGAUUUGUGCCAGUGAAGCCCUGUGUCACCAUUUUAUAACAAUGGCUCACCUGGUGGAUGGAAUGAAAACCAACUCGUACGCAGACACCGCCCACCGCGCUCUAGCUGCCGUCAGACCUUUUGACGCCAGCGACGUCAAGGCCGAUGGAUCCCGCCGGAAGAAAGCGUUCAGAUCGGCGCGGAAAUUUUUCGGCAGGGUCAAGAAGCAAGUGGUUUCCAUCUUUACACGCGGAAAGAACAAACGGGCAUUGCCCAAAAGAAAAAAAAGGACAGAGCUGAGCCAGUUCCUUCGUCACAUACAAUCAGAUGAACAUAACGAAGCGCUCCAGUCCUGCCCCCCACAUCCUGCCUCACUAGCCUCCACCCCUUGAAGGGCAGAACCCAGUGGGGCGGGAUGCGACCUUGACCUGGAGCAGAGCUCGAGCUCUGAGGGCCUCAGUGCUCUAAGGACGAACUCACAGCCACAUGGCAAGGGAUCAAUUGUCAGUCCUGAGCCAUCAUGAAUGUGAGUAUGGUCCACUGAAGUGGUAAGGGGUUUACUCCGGGUGCUCCGGUUUCCUCCCACCUUUAUCAAAAACAUCAAAUUCAAUUAAAGCAUUCGAAUUUAAA